AUGCGAUGCCGGGAAGUGGGGGGGUGGUGGGGCGUUUUUCCCGUUCUUUUUACCAUCUCGUACCCUUGCAAACGGGGAGAGAACGAGAGAGAGAGAUCUUGGACACGAGAGCAGGCCCAGCAGCGUCGCCGCGAACCGACUCACUGCUUUUGCUUGCCGCGAGCUAGCUCCCGGCAGCAGCUGGGCUGGGCUGGACAGCGAUCCAGAAGGUCCAGGGCUUGUGCCGGUGACAGAGAGCUUGUGCGAAUCGCAACCUUGAUCAACAAGCUUGUGGACAUGGACGGCUGGGACGAAGACCAAGAGCAGGAGCUCUUCGAGCUCUCGGUGUCUGCUUGCCUGGAAGUGAUCUGCAAAGGUUUGGCACCGCCGCAUUACGACAUGCUCCACACGCCAAGAGGGCUGCUCGGCGAGAAGUCCGUGGCCCUCUUGACGGCGAACUUGGUGCAGCAGUGCCAGCGGGAGUGCACUUUCCCGUACAUGGACGAGCAGGACAAGAUGAGGACGAUCCGUGCUGUCGUCUGGGUCAUUGUGGGGUCUUUGCAACCUGGCCGGACGAUCCGUUCCUACACCAAGGAGCUCUGUCGGGACGAGGAAUCUACCCAGUCCGUGGUGGUGGAGGUGUUCAUCGAGGGGGCCAUGGAUGUUUUCUUCGACAGCGAGAUGCGACACGCGUUGAUUCAGGACCUGAAGUCGCACAUCCCCGACCUCCCGCUGGUUCCCUUCCUCUUCGAGAACAUCGCUGAGUUUCUCAUGAAAACCUUCAGCGACACACUACAUGAAACGCUGAAAGAUGCAUACUUCGUUUUCGUCGAUGCUCGCAAGAAUCGUGAAGACCUUCCAGUCCUGCCGGCUGUUCUUUCUGGCGACCUGCAAAUGCAAGAGAGCCUUCUGAUGCAAUACUGCGGCCGGCCCUUCAUGUUGCAACUUCGACGUCUCCUCAUUGAUCGUUUGUUGGAGGACAACUCCAACAGCCUUCCGAUGUUCAUAUCCAAACUGUCCUUAAGAACGCAGGCCUUGGUCCUCGGUCGCUUCGUGGAUCUGCUAUUCAGGGCUCUGCCCGGCUUGGCUAAAAUCGAGGAUACUGUCCAACCAUUCCACCGAUACAUGCAUGACUCCUCACGUGGCCUGCAUCUCCCGACGCCGGCGCAUCCUGCUCCGGUUCAUGUAGACAUGGUGCCACUGGAUGACAUAAGUACUGCUUGGCACAAGCAGUUGAGUGAGUCACUUGGACGAUGGCGAGAUGCCUUUGCUCGGACGCGCCGUCCCGAGGAGUUCCGCCCGGAGCUGCUCAGGAGGGAACGGCUCUUGGUCGGAAGCGACGGUCCUGUCGGAAACGGCUUGGCGCGCAGCCAAAGCUUCGACAAUGCGGAUGAAAGCCCGGGAUCGAGCUCCACACCCAAGUCCAGCGCCGCAUACUUCGAGCAAUACGAAGCCGAGCUUGAAGAGCUCCGACAGGAGGAUCUCCCGUUCAAGACCUUCCGGACGAGCUUCAACAAUUUGGAUCGCUCGCCGAGCAAAAAUUCAAUGCAGCUGUAG